AAGCCUGAGCGCGACACACUUUCCCUCCCACACAUACACACACCUCUCUCACACACACUCUUUUCCAGCCGGGCAGUGUGGCGCGUCAGACCUGGAGAGAGGAGCGAGGCGGCAGCAGCAUGGAGAGAAACCAGAGCUGCUGAAACACCAGGCGACUGCUGGAGCCUCCGAGGCUGCAUGGCAGCCCAGAAACAGGCGGUGACCCUGAGAGCCGACAGCUGGAUCGUCACACUUUAUCCCCUGGAGCAUCUCUGUGUGCUGAGACCUGCUUCUCCAGCUGCCGCCACUCAUUCAGCUCGGACUGGAAAACCAAAGAACCUGCAGGAUUACAGGGAGAAAACAUCUGACAACUCAAUGAUUUGGGAGUAAAUUUUCAAUCAAAUCACAAGCUGAUGUGUGUGUUUAUUUGGACAUCUGACAGGAUUCUCUCUGCAGCUGCUGCAGACUGGAACAAAAAGUUCAGAGUUGGAGCAUCACUUUUAAACACACAUAAUUUAGUGUCUUUAUCACGGAGGUGGUGGAGGUGUGACAAUCUUGCAGUUUAUUCCAGGAUCUGUAGAAUCAUCAUAAACUCAAGGAAAAGGAGGAAGAUGUCAUGGUAACCAACAACUAUCACAGCUGCCCCUGUGGUUAAAAGUCUACGCUGUUUCUGUUUUGGGACUUUUCUGUUAUAUUAAACAGACAAAAGAAAGGUUUGACCUUAAUUAUGAGGACUUUAUCUACCUGAGUUUGGAGUUUUCUGUCAUGUCCUCAGAAGCAAAACUGUAUCUGCGGCGUUAGAUUUUAUCAUCUGGACAUCUGCGGAGUCUGUCUGGCAGAAAGCGGAGCUCUGGGAUCCUAACAGUGAACUGUGGUUAUAUCUGGUUCAAAAAAGCUCUUCUUACAUACCAGGACAUUUUCCAGCUCCUUUCCAGAAGGAUAUUCCAGUUUUUGGGCAUUUUAUUCUCUCCUUUUUUCCUACAUCAAGUUUUACUCCAUUGGAUGUGCAAAGGUUUGUUCUCUGUAAAUGAGUUUCAGUGACAAAUUUAACAGCAAGAAAUACAAAAAGCUGAGUGUUCUGUGCAAACAUGCUGCAGUGAGAGAGCAUUUCUUUGGAACAAACAGACUCUAAUGUAAAAUGUAAAAAAACUUAUAGUUUCCAGACAUGCUGAUGAUGACGACACAUUCCUUGUUGCUGAGAAAUUUAACUCUGUUGGAUAUGAAAAGGCAAAACCUCACCACGAACAUAACCUUCAGAAAUACUUGCGGUGGGACCGGCACUGAGCUGAACUGGAAGUCGGACUUGUUGACCCUUGGUGUCUGGAUCGUGUCAUUCUGAAAAGAUGAUCGCAGACUGUUCUUCUUUUUUCUUUUACGAUACGUUUUUCCAAAACUUUCAGUCGUUUUAAAGGCAAAGCUGUUGCUGACAGAAUCAGAGGCCAAAGCCUGCAUGAUACGGAUAUUUCUCAGGACUUUUUGGAUUUUUUUAUUCCUCAUUCCCCAGACUGACCGGCUGCAGAGCAUCAUGGAAGACAAGGAACUGUUGGAUAAAAACCUGGUUCUUUACUGCUGGUGUAAAAUAUGCAGAUGAUUAAAUUCACCAUAUAAGACAAAAAGACACAGUUGAAGAUUAUCUGAGUUCAUCCCGUCUCAUUUUAAUCCUAAAGGGAUUAUUUAAUAUUGUGAAACUGAAACUAAACUCUCUGGAAGCUGGAAAGUUUUGUGCAGCACUAAAUGUUCCAGAAUAAGUAGCUCCACUUUUCCACGUUUCUGUUUGGACAUCAUUCAUCACUAUGCUCCCUGGUGGGCUGGUGUCAGGAGGAGGGGGCCGCGGUGGAGGGCUUUGUCUGCUCAGGUGGCUGGGCCUCAGGCUGUGGUCCCGCCGGGGGACCCUGGUCUUCGCUCUGCUUUGGUUCGGGUCCUGGUUGUUCCUGAAUGGUCUGGUCCUGGUCCAUAGGAGCAUCCUGUCUGACUACUGCACCGAUGAUAAGAGCAAGAAGAUCCUGCAGAGGCUGUGUCUGGAGUUUGGUGAAGGCUCAGUAACGGGGGACAUGUGUGAGGAUCUGUGUGUGCUCGGCCUGGUCGAAUACAAGCGUUGCCUCUACUAUGAGAAUGGGAAGAAGGUGAUUGAGGCGCGCUGGAGAGGAAACCCUGUCAUCCUCAAGUCCAAACUGGAGAACUUCUCCUCCUACGAGCCACUGGGAAUACUGGACUACCAGGACACAGCAGAGGAGCUGUCUGCUCUGGAUGUGGUUUUCUAUGCCACUCUGGAGGUACGGAACUCCUUAGGGCUGGCUGAGGAGGAUGAGGAUGAGGGAGGAGGAGGAGGAGGAGGAAGCAACAGCUCUCUGGCCAAGCUUUGGGAGAAGAAGCUGAAAAUCCGAGACAAGAGUUAUUCCAGAGCAGAGCUGUCCUCUCUGUGGUCUCUCCUGCAGCAGGAGGAGUACACCUUUCUCAGAGUCCUGCAGGACCUCAGCAGCCACGUGGCUAAGGUGCUGGGCUCCUGUGGUCACUUCUACGCUGUGGAGUACCUGUCAGCCGGACACGCCUGGGACCAGAACAUCUUCUCCCUGGAUGAGGUGGAGGUUUCGAGGCUGCGGGAUCAGACCCGAGGCAGGUGGAGCACCAGGGAGAUGGUGCACCGCAUCGCGCUGAGCUUCCUGGACAUGGUGUGGCACUUUGACAACGAGUUCACCCACAAACUGCACCUGUGUGACAUCAAACCAGAGAACUUCGCCAUCAGGAAGGACCUGACGGUGGUGGCGAUUGAUGUGGACAUGGCGUUCUUUGAGCCGAAGAUGAGGGACAUCCUGGAGCAGAACUGCAGCAGUGACGACGACUGCAACUUCUUCGACUGCUCGUCCAGGUGUGAUCCAGUCAAACGCAGGUGCAGCCCCCACCGCAGGAACAGCAACCUGCAGGUGAUUUGUGAGAAAAUUUUCAGGCCAUGGUUUUCUCCCACACUGCUCGGAGCCAAAGCAGGGCUUCCACUGCAGAUAGAGUUGCAACAAGCAGUGCAGGAGUGCUCAGAAACAGAUGGAGGUGUGGACGAGACUGAAGAGGACAAAGGAGGAGGCAGGGAUGUAUACCAGCGUCUCGUCACCAUCCUGAACCGCCUCAUUCAGGAUGGUGGAGAAUCAGGAGAGGGGGUAGUAUCCUGGGAGGGGAAGGAGCACGUCCACACUGCACUGAACUUCUGAGGAGGUGAAGAGAAGACUGGCAGAGACCUACAAAUCUCAGAAAAACUAAAAAAAAAGCUUUCUGCAUGAUGUGGAGGCAGGUUUUCCACUGGGAACUCCUUUAGAGAAGCUCAAAAAUGUUAAUGUGUUGAUAGAAGAGAAACUGAUAACUGAGCCACAGUUUAAGCCAGCUGGGUGGAGUCCUGUAAAACUAUGGCCAGUGCCUAAGACAAUGUGGAUCAUCCUGUCUGUGUCAUUUUGGCCGGGAUCUAUUUUUAUCAUGCUAAUGAUUUGGCUUAAUCUCUACUUGAGAAAUUUAUGUUUAGUGUGAAUAACUUAACUUUAGCCUUUAUUUAGCUCUUGUAUUUCACAUUAGAUUUUCCUUGUUUGGUUUUAAAGCUGUGAUUUCAGUUAAUCUGGAAACAGAUUAUCUGAGCCGACCUUAGACUCAGCUCAGUAACACCUCAAGUGUCCUCAUCAAGAGAAUCUGUUUUUGAUCCAAAACACUUGGAUUCUCUCAGAUGUAUUCAUUUCUUACUUGAAGCAGAACUUGGUAACCUUGAGAACAUGAUGGACUAAACUGGAACAAAUAUGAUCCCUCCCUCUCUGCUGUGUUUCAGCUCUCCAAAGCCCCUUCGUUGCAGAUGAAAGUUAUCAUCAUACCAACUGUCAUAACUGCCCACAGACAUGGUGGAUUAUUGCAACUAGUAUGAAGAAGAGCCAAAGGAUGUUUUGUCUUUUGUUUCGUUUUUUUUUACUACCAUGUAUUUCGAAUUUUUCUGUUCUUCAGCAACUUGGUUCUUUUAAAUGACCAAUUUCUGCUUUAAGCAUUACGUCUCAGUGAGAUUAAAGUACAUUUUUCUCAUUUGAAGAGAAACUGGUAAACACAUAAAAAUAUAACUGUUCAUAAGAAGAUAUGACAAAAAUGCUGCAAGUGAAACAAAAAUGAUUAUUUAUAGGUUUUUAACCCUUCACUUAAUCAUUCUGAACUGAUUUUUGUUUUUGAAGACAGAUAACUAAAACACAAUUGAAGCUGCUAACGCAACUUUUUUUUUUUGUAAUUACAUUUAAUUCCUACAAAUUGUACUUGAAUUGUGGUUUUUACAGAAUUCAUGACUUAUAAAUAUAUAAUGUUUCAAAGGACUAAAAGAGUAGUUUUAAUACAGGAUAUAAGAUGGUUGAUGAUUUAAUUCUAGAUUAGCUUAGCCUAAAGACUAGAAAUGGGUAAAACAGCUUGAAUCAGGGGCAAAUACUACCAGCACCUCUGUUCUCUAAAUAAAUUAACACAGUACUUUGGAUGUUCAAUCUAAAAUAAUUGUUUGCUGUUUAUCUGUGGUUGUUAGUUGGAUGGUUUAAAGCUAGAACCACUAUGUAAAGGAAACAGAUUUGGAACAAAACUAUGAAAGAGUAUAAAUCAACAAGGAAUUUUGUUUUGUUGUUGUUGUUUUGUUUGUUUUCUUUGCUGACACACACCCUGAACCUGUUUCCAUGUUGUUUCCCAAACCACAGCACUAAUUCAGCCUUACUUUAAUGCAUAGGAAGCAGUCCCGACACCAGGACCGAGCACCAGGGCAGCCAAUUGAUCUCUGUGGGUGGGCCCCAUUUAUCAAAUGAAUUUUGACUUCAUAAGAAGACAUUCAAAUCGGAACCAGCAUAUUUCAGGACAGAUUUAACAGAAAAGAGAACAAUUCAACCAAUAAUCAGACUUUAGAAUUUUUUAGAAGCUUUAGAAGUGGACGAGAUCAGUUAACCAUCGAACCUAAACAGCAACAUUAUGUGAGAGAUGUACAACACCACAUUCCUGGCUCGUUGGUCUAGGGGUAUGAUUCUCGCUUCGGGUGUGAGAGGUCCCGGGUUCAAAUCCCGGACGAGCCCUUGAAUUAUAAUUGUUCACUAUAGAUGUAGUGUCUUAAACAAUCUGGAUACAGAGUGUAAACAAUAAGCUGUAGUAUUCCAUCAAUGGUGGAAGGAUCUUCUUCCAGCCGGAUAGCUCAGUUGGCAGAAUGUCUAUCUCCCAUGCAGGAGACUGGAGUUUAAUUCCCCCAGGGGAUAAAUAUUAAUACCUUCCAGUCGGACUGAGUUUGAUCCAGCUGCAGACGGUGGUCCAGAGGAACAGAAGAUGGGACACAUGUUGCUAUGGUUACUAUCUUGCUAGGUCUCGUCACAUUGCUGGAAUCAUCCAAACUGCUGGAAGUGGUUGAUUCUUGCUGUGUGACACCUGACACAUGGUCCUUCACGUUAUCAUUAGAUCUCUGUCUUAUAUCCAUUGUCCACAAGUAUCAGUCUGCUACUACUUUAUUGAAGCUAGUUAAUAACUGUGCACCAAAUAUCACAAUAACUUGUAGAACGCAUUAUGUUCUUUAAGUUUUCGCAAGAUUUGGUGAUUAUGUGCACACAUACAUUAAAUAUGCAAACACACACACAGCUUGCAAAUAUAUCAAAAGUUAAGUUUUCUCAAUACAAAAAAGCAUAUGAAUGAUCUACUUUUGAUAUUUAUUACCAUUAUAUUAGUAUUUAGUGCCACUAAAAACAGCUUUAAUUAUAAAUGAAAAUAAUAGGCAGUGCUGACAGAUGUCUUACCGAAGAAAGAGUAAAUAUGAUUUCCACCAUGUCUUAUGAAGUUAUAUUUAUGAUUCCUUUUGAAACCAAUGUGUGAAGUAGUUCCCAGAGGUUGAGGAUGUAAUACUGAAAGGCCCCGCCCCCUGCUCCACCUAAAUGAACUUCAUGUAGCCCAGUCACUAACGUUUUGGUCUUGACUUCUUUUGGACAUUUACGUUACACUUUUUCUCAGUACAAUCAUAAAUAACUGCUAUCUGUUCAGUUUGUUAGGUUAAAUCAAAUGUUUUCCUUAUAGAUUUUUAAAUAAUUGUACCAAUAAAAUCGGCUUUGAAG